GUUCGCAGGAUCACUCUUUUGUGAGAGCUGAAGAACAACAGUUUGACAAGACUUAUUAAUUAAUUCUCAGUACUUCCUCAAAAAUAAUUCGAAUUGAAAUGAUGAUUGAAGGAGAGUAAUUUUUUUUUAUACCUGUAGACAGGAUAAUUGUAUCCAGAACUGGAGAUAAUUCUGGAGCGAUCACCAGUUGCCAAGGCGACUGUUGAACAUUGUGUUAUGAAAAGUCAAUUGUUGAAGAGAAUUCAUUUAAAUUCUACAAUCGAAUCCGGAGGUGUUUAAAAUGGACUUUUCCCUGUUGAAUCAGUACGAUGGAACAGUUGAAGCUGAAACUGACGAGGGGAAUUUAAUCUGGGAGGAGCAGAGUUAUGAGCUCGGUGUUGAUGGGUUCAUACCAGCGACUGAACAAUUUGGGGAGGAAUAUGAUGGAGCAGAAUUCCAGGAGACUCAUACAUUGUUGGCAGAUGGGGGACAUCGAUUUGGAGUUUCAACUCUGGUCUUUGAUACCGUUGAAGAGCUGAUGUGGAUGGGAAACCAAGGGGGUCACGUGACUUCGUAUUAUGGGUCAGGACUGCAGAAAUACACGUCUUUCCAAGUGCACGCCUCCCAGGAAGUACGACAUAUUCACCCAAUCGAUGAGGGGAUAUUGUGCUUGACCCAAACAGCCCUCAGGGGACAACUGCGUCGAGGAAUACCCCUCUUCACCCACACAUCUCCAAAUAUGAUAGACAUGCAGUGCAUGCUUCAAUUUGGAUCUCGACUGCUAAUGGGCGGUCAUCAAGAAAAAAUCGUUGAUUUUGAUCUGAGCAGAGGAAAAGAGACAAGUUAUGUUCACGUUGGGGAGAAUGGUUGUGCAAUUUUGAGACAGCAUGGAAAAUUUAUCUGCGCUGGAAAUCCAGCUGGCAGAAUAGAUCUCAGAGAUCCCAAUUCCCUGUCAAUCGAGCACACACUUGACACCCACAGUGGAUCACUCAGUGAUUUUGAUAUCCAGGGAAAUUAUUUAGUGACCUGUGGGUUCAGUAAUAGUCGCCAGGGACUGUCAGCUGAUAGAUUCCUGAUGGUGUACGAUUUGAGACAAAUGAGAGCUCUCACUCCAGUUACCACCCUAGUUUAUCCAUUUUUGUUGAAAUUCUUGCCAAGUUACUCGAGUCGACUGGCAGUCGUGUCUCCUUUGGGCCAAAUGCAACUCCUGGAUACUAUUUACGCUGAUGUUCAGCCGUCCUUAACCUGUCUCUAUCAGGUUGCCACAGGAGGGGCUAUGGUGGUGUCCUUUGAUGUAUCUCCAACAUCAAAAUGUCUUGGAUUUGGGGACGCAGCUGGAUCCAUUCACCUUAUGGCCACAAAUGCCCCUGAUCCUCAGUUCAAUACAUUUUCAAGACCCACAGAAUUUGCGGAUCCAGUGGAAACACUCGAGACAAUAUCAUUUGAUGACAAUCUCACACCUCUAAGUACAGUUCCCAUGAUGUACACUGGACACACAUUAGCUAGUGAUUGGCCGGAGGAAUUCUUGAAAAAGAUCUAUCGGAAAACCCCCCCAAUAGAUUCAGAAAUACUGAAGACAAUGAAAAUGCAGGGAACGAUUGGUUACGCACCCAAUCCUCAGGCAUUCCGGAGAAACCAAGUACCUUAUAACUUGGAAAAACGUCGUGGCUUGGUGACAAAAUUAUUUACAGGUGAACCCAGGCCAAAGGCAGAGGACGGUACAUUCAUUGCGAUACCAAAACGAUAUCGGAGAGUUGAGGUGAAAUACUCGAGACUUGGGUACGAUGAAUUCGAUUUCGAUCAGUACAAUCUGACGAGUUUCUCAGGUUUAGAGGCGACUCUGCCGAAUAGUUACUGCAAUGCAAUGCUUCAGCUCAUGUAUUACUGUGAUCCUGUUAGAGGCGCUCUUUUAUCCCAUUCAUGCCAAAAGGAAUUUUGUCUGUCCUGCGAGCUUGGUUACCUAUUCCACAUGCUAGAUACCUCGAGAGGUACUCCAUGUCAAGCUGCAAAUUUUUUGCGCGCAUUCAGAACAGUUCCAGAAGCGGCUGCUCUGGGAUUAAUCCUGAGUGAUCUCCACCCUGAGGCCAGGAGGAAGACAAGCUUGAUCAGACUGGUUCAAAGCUGGAAUAGAUUCAUUUUGCAUCAGCUUCAUUAUGAAAUCUGGGAAACUCGAAAACGUCAAUUGGAGGAAGAGGAAGCGGCGCGGUCCAGAUCGGGACCGAAAUAUCCACCGUUUGUGUACAACGAGCAGGAUUUUCCAAGCAUUCUUCAAGAUCUAGGAUCACGAUACAAAAGCCAUGAUUUGGAUAAGAAGAAGAGAAAGAAACAUGAGGAGGAUGGUAAAUAUAUGUGGAUUGCGGCGAAAGAAAAAACAAAUAAAAAAACAGACGAGAGCGAAGUGCGCGAGGAAGAGACGGAAAUAAGCCGAAUGUUUGGAGCUGAGCAAAUUCACAUUCACCGAUGCCUGAAAUGUGGCCAAGAAGCAUCAAAGCAUUCAAUAAUGCUUUUGAACAACUUAAUUUAUCCAGAAGUGACUAACUCCAACGAGGAAAUACCCUUCACUAAAAUCCUCGCUCGGAGUUUAAAACCCGAGAAAGUGACGCCAGCUUGGUGCGAUGGCUGUCAAAAAUUCAGUCCAACACUUCAAAGUAGAAGAAUAACAAAGCUGCCAAAAAUUCUCGCCCUAAACUGCGGACUGGAUUCUCAGCAGGAGAAGGCGUUCUGGCAAAGCCAGAUGGACAUAAUCGUGCAGAAGGUCAUGAACGGGAAAGACUCAAGCCCUUCCUCAAGUCCCAUUCCUAAUACUGUAAAAAUGUGUCGAUAUGGCACCAAUUGCAAUCGCACUGGCUGUAGAUUCAGGCACGUGGGGAAGGACCCCCAAGGCCCAGCUCCAGGUGAGGCACAACCCUCACCAUCUUCAACAGCUUCAACUCCCUCGAAUCCAGGACAAGUAGCAGCACCUCCAAGUCACCUCUACUACUCCCAUUCCUGGAUCCCUCACUGCAUUGAAAUAUCUCUGGAUGCCAAUGGGGAGUUGUCAGUUGGAAAACUUGACAAGAUAAAUAGAGAAGUUGUUAACACGAAGCCUCUGAUCGUCGAAAAUGGUGAGGGAAAAAUAACGCCAGGUGUGGAGAACGAUGGAGACAGAUCAUCACAAGUGAAUUCCAAUUUAGAGGAUAUAAAGUACGAGGAGGAAGUGAAGCAUGAUCCUCAAACUGCUUGCCCCAAGGUCGAGAAGAUCCAGUACACAUUGACUGGAGUUGUCUGUUAUGUUGAUGACAAAAGCAGUGAGGAGAGACGUCAUGUGGUGGCACUUAUCAGAGUGGGACCGAAUUAUCAUGAGAGAUCGACUGGGAGUGCAGUGGCCCAGUGGUACCUGUUCAAUGAUUUCAGUAUAUCAGCAGUGACUCCCCAAGAGGCUGUCUGGUUUAAUCUAGACUGGAAAGUUCCCUGUGUCCUUCAUUACACUGCUGUACCAGCCCCAUCACCACCAGAGCCUGUGACAUUCGUCAGUCCUCUGACUUCUGAUGUUUUUGGUGAGGACAAAUGUGUCGCAAGGAGUGGAGGCACCAGGGGUAUUACUUUUACACCGUUGACUUCUGAUGAGAUGCCGAAGAAGGGAGAUCUUGUGGGGAUUGAUGCCGAAUUCGUUACGCUGAAUCAGAAAGAGUCCGAGUUGAGGAGCGAUGGCAAGAUGUCGACCAUCAAACCGAGCCACAUGUCCGUUGCACGGAUCACCUGCAUCAGGGGGCAGGGACCACUGGAGGGGACUCCUUUUAUCGACGAUUAUAUCAGCACGCAGGAGCAGGUGGUGGAUUAUUUAACGAAAUUUAGCGGAAUACAACCUGGCGAUCUAGAUGCUAAUUUUAGCAGCAAACACUUGACGACACUCAAGUCGACUUAUCAAAAAUUGAGAUUUCUCGUGGAUAAUGGAAUUAUUUUUGUCGGGCAUGGACUCAAAAAUGAUUUUCGCGUUAUCAAUCUCGUUGUUCCCUCGGAACAAAUUGUAGAUACAGUGUUGUUAUUUCAUUUACCUCAUCGCCGUAUGGUUUCAUUACGGUUUUUAACGUGGCAUUUCCUUGGGAAGAAAAUUCAGUCCGAAACUCAUGAUUCCACUGAGGAUGCGCGAGCUGCUCUUGAGUUGUAUCACAAGUACAGGGAUUUGGAGGACUCUGGAAAAUUAAUGGAGGCCCUUCAACAGUUGUACGAUGUAGGAAAUGAAUUGCAGUGGAAGGUUCCAGAAAGCUGAGGCAGGGACGAAGAUAUUUUCGAAGAAGACCUCAAUGCAGAACUAAAAAAUCCUCACAUUUGAAAUAUUUCAACAUUCCUGUAAUUUUACUUUUCCUUUCAACUCUCAAGUCUACAAUUUUACAAUUGUCAUUUAUUUCCCAAUUUGUUGUGAUACUCCGAGAUUUCCAUUACGAGAUUAAUCUCCACUCAAUUUUAAAGAUUAUUUUUUCUUUACGUCUGAGCAAUGAGCCGUGGUGAGAAAAACAUUGAGAAAUCGCAAUCAUUGUACAUAUUUUUAAUUACUCGUCGAAUUUCAAUUGCCUGAAAAAUUUCAGUACGACAAAUACGUAAAUUAUUUUUAUUUUUGUAUGUUUUUGUAGUUCUUUACAGAUCAGAAUGUUUCCCUUGUUUCCAGUAAUAUUUUUCUACAUAAUAUUCCAAAGAGCUUUUGUAAAUGUGUGUUCAACUCACACACGGCUAUAAUAAUAAUCAUGAAUAUUAACUUACGUAAAACCAUUUAAAUGAAUAAUGUAUCUUUUUAUACCAAACAAUACCUGAAUCAUUGUAAAAUUUGUAGAGUAUUUUUGUAUCCGCUUUGAUUGACAAAUAUAAACGAAAGAUCGAAAGAACAUGUAAUCAUUUUUUGAGUUGUAGAUAACAGGAGAGGAAUGAAUAAACAAAUUGUUUAAUCCAAUUGAUAUAUCUAUAUAUAAUAUUUAUAUUAAACCUUACGAACUGUAUUUACAAAUGGAUUCUAAGUAGAUCGAUAAAAUUCGUACAUAAAAUUAAUUAUUGCGGUAGUUAAAAGCUAUUUAAAAUCUGAUUUAGUAUGAAAUUAAUAAUUUACACAUUGUACACGUACUCAGAAGGAAUUUUCAUUCUACUAAAACGUCCGGACGUUCACUAAACACAAGAUUUCUCAAUAAUAAAUACGCAACUUAUGUAUUGCCUCGUGAAAUUACUCAGAAAAAUGCAAAUGUUCCAUUCGUACUGAUGCACGUGGCAGUAGUAAUAAAUACUAUUAAUUGAAAACGCAUAAUAAAUAAUUAUGCGUACGGAAGAAAUAUUCAUUUUCCAUUAGAAAAAAAAAUUGGGGAACGGAUCGGGACAGUCCGAAUGAAACAAUAACAUUCGUUAGUUGCACGUGAGAUCUCUAAAAAAAAACAGAAUGAUUAAGGAAAAAUGUUAAUCAUAAGUUCUCCACUUUAAACCAGAAACUCAAGCUCCCGCAGCCAACAAGUAAGAAAUUAUAAUUAAUAUACGGUGCACACGCACUAUUAUUAUUCAGGAAGAGGGAGAAAAUUUAAUUAAAUUUGUUGAGUGUGCGUGGGCUUAAGUAGUUACGUAAUUAAAUCGUUUCUGACUAGAAACUUGUAGAUUGGGAGCUGCAGGAGCUGCAGGAGGAGUAUUUUAUGGCAGUUAAUCUUAUGAUUAUUUCAUGAAGAUAUUCGUCGACAUUUUUUUUUUAUCCAAGGCACAUGGUAGCGGCAUCAGUUGAAA